UUCUCCACCAUAUCUGUCCAAGCAAUAUUAAUUCCGGCCAAUCCAGACGGUAGCGGAACCGUGUUUGCAGGAACUGUGCGAGUCUAUUUAUAGCACAGGUAGAACGAAGGAAGCCAUGGGGUGUUGAUGUGAGUUGUGAACUGUGUUUCAGGGACAAAGAACACUUGUGAAUAGCAUCGUUGGAAAAUGUUUCUUUGUGGGAGGAUCAGCCGCCUGUCGUUUCUUCUGAUCAUAUUCGUCAUCUUCGUAUUCCUCUUGGAAAUCAAGUUCUUUUCCCCUUCGAGGUCACAGACUCACGUGGUCUUCAAUAGGAGAAAUCACGUGACGUCCACACCUGAUCACCAGUCUCGUGGUCUCCUAGUGGACACAGCUGCUUGCAAAAUACCCGACGUUGACCCAUUUGACGAAUCCAUCGUGCAUCUCAUCCGAAGACGUGGAAAAAUUCUUUGCGUUGGGAAGCCUUCCAUAACUUUCGAGGAAGGCUCGAUGCUCAGGCUGAACUGGACAGUGAUAAAUGAAUAUUACAAAGGAGAUUUCAAAUAUUGCAAGUAUCAACCGAUCAUCAGAGGACCCAAGGGAAACGAUUUUUACUUCACUUACGGUCCGUUCGAGAAAUCCUUCUCUUCGGACGUGCAAGCGAAACACGAAUUUAUUCGAGUGUAUUGUUACAGCAAGUCGGACGGGAAGAUCUACACGAACUUCCAUUCUAUAGUCAUUCCAAAACCUGAGGUUGAAAAACAGUGUGACACGAGGUUUCGUCGUUAUAUGAAGCGACACCAGCCAAAAGAGAAGUUAAACGUGAUGAUGAUUGGUGUUGAUUCCGUAUCACGCUUAAACUUAAUGCGGCAGAUGCCAAGAACAAGAGAGUUUCUCCUCAGAAAUCUUAGCUCUGUCGAAAUGCUUGGCUACACGAAAGUAGCAGAUAAUACGUUUGUGAACAUUGUCCCCAUGACCACUGGGAAGUACGUGGAAGAACUGCCGUGGAACGAAACAAUGGUAAAAACGCCCUUUGACAAAUAUGACUUCAUCUGGAAAGAGUUCUCUAAAAAUGGUUUCAAAACGUUGUACGCGGAGGACGCCCCAAAAAUCGCUAUAUUUACAUACUGUAAGGCGGGGUUCCACACGCCUCCCGCUGAUUUCUAUAACAGGGUGUUCAGCGUUGCCAUGGAGAAGCACAAAUCGGUGUGGAAUCACAACCACCACUGCGUUGGUGACAGAAUGGAGUCAGAUAUUGUUUUAAAGUACGUGCGAGACUUUGCAGUGCAGAAUAUCCACAAAGCUACCUUUGCGUUCGCUUUUAUUACCCGACUUUCUCACGAUUACGUCAACGAUGCCGGAAUUGCAGACGAUCCGCACUUCAGGUUUCUGAACACACUGAGGGACGAUGGUAUACUUGAAAACACUGUUUUGAUUUACUACAGUGACCAUGGUAACCGAUACGGCGGAAUACGUAAUACGUUUAUAGGCAAACUUGAAGAAAGACUUCCUUUUUUAUUUCUUGUUUUUCCUCGGUGGUUUCUAAUCAAAUACAAAGAAAUAGCUAGAAACCUUCAACUUAAUUCAAAACGACUGUCGACACCUUUUGAUGUGUAUGAAACUUUAAAAGAUAUACUCUACUUUACCGGUAACUUCCCAAAGAGAGACAGGGGUGAAAGAGGAAUCAGUUUAUUGAGAGAGAUCCCAAACGAACGAUCGUGUUUUGAUGCGUCCAUCAUGCCGCAUUGGUGUAUGUGUUUCUCCAGGAAGAAAUUAUCAAACACUUCUACGACGGCAGUAGAGGCUGCACAUUCGCUUUUGUUACACCUCAACAAGAUCUUGUACGACUACAGAUACAAAUGUGCACCGCUUGAAAUUUCCAGUAUUAUAGAUGUGACACUUAUGAUGCCCAAUAAUAAUGUUCUUCAUUUUGAACAAAGUCUAAAUGACGUCAUCAACAGAACAGUUCACUAUGGUAACAGGACAGACGCAUUUUCCCUUUAUCAGCUGACUGUUGUAAGUAAGCCUGGCGGUGGUAUGUUUGAGAGCACCGUCAAAUAUGACGAGAGAACAGCCCACUAUUCCGUCGAUGGUGACGUCAGUCGGAUAAACGCUUUCGGAGACCAGUCUAAAUGUAUCGACAGUUUUCAUUUGAAAAAGUAUUGUUUUUGCCUUUCAAAUACAUAGAUAUUUAUUAUGUAUUCUUAAUAUGUGAAGUUGUAAAGAUUUUGUAAAUUUCUACGUCAAUAAAUAAUCCCAACAUGAAAA